CUACUUAAGGAACAAGCGCCGUGUGGUGUCAGUUACACUCUCACUGAACGCCUUCAGCCACUCUACACCUCUUCAGCCUCACACUGACUGAGACCUGCAGAGCGACAGCAGCGACCGACCGACCGAGCAUGGCAGGCAGGAAAGUGUUUCUGAUCGCAGCUCUGUGCUCACUCCUCAUCCUCACCACCUUCACUGGCACCACAGAGUCUGCCAGCUGUUGCCUGAGGUACACCAAGCGUAAGCUGCAUUGUAAACGAGUUCUUGGCUACACCAUCCAGAACAUCGGCACCGCCUGUGACAUCAACGCUGUCAUAUUCCAUGUUCCUGGCAGGUUCCUGUGUGCCAACCCUGGCAAGGAGUGGGCUCAGACGGCGAUGAAGUGUGUGGAUGAAAGGAGGAGGCCACUCAGAAGCGUUACAAAAGGGAGAACUUCUGCAUCACCAUGAACUGAGAAGAUGAACAACCAAAGUUCAUAGUAUUUCCUCACAUUCUGCGCUCUGAUCUUCAAAUUACUGUACUGGGGCUGUCUAGUGAUUAUUGUUUGUGGUCUUUUCUUAUAUUUGUUCUGUUUUAUAAACAGGGAAGUGUAGUAUUCUUAAUACAGAAUAAGCUGUGCUUGUAGAUAUUGUGCCGAAAAGAACAAAAAAGAAGGAAACAACGUUUUUGGAAAGUAUUUUAAAUGUAAUUUUUAAUUUUUUUGUUGUUGUUUGAGGUCUGACUUUUUAUUUUCUUAGAGAUGAAGUCAGAAACAGAGUUCUCAUUAAGUGAGUUUUUACUUGUAAUUGAUUUUUGUCAAUGAAUUUAUUAGAACAUUUUUUGAGAAUACAAAUGUUGGACAAACAGUCACAUAUUUUGCCAUUUAAACGUCAUUUUACUUCAUCGUGAUAAAUCAGUAUUAGUUACAAGAAAUACAAAAUGUCAAUGUGAACUUGUUGCAUAAAGAAGGUAAAGCUUCCCUUUUAUUCCACCUCAAAUAGCUUAUUUAUUCCACUCCGUCUUCUUCAGAUCUCUUGCUUCAUUCAGUGCAAACAUUGUACUUAUUUUGCAUCAAAUAUUUCCCCCAAAUGUAACUGAACAAAUUAAGCAUCUUUGCAAAUUUUUGGAGUUUAAAAUAAAGUUUUGUGGGUUUGAACAGA